CGCCACGACCAUCACCACCACCACCAAGACCGACAUCACGAGGGGCAGCAGCAGCAUCAGCAGACAUCUGAAAUGCACCGUGCCGGAGGAGGGCAGCACGUGAGCGUAAUUCCUGGAAGCUUCCAAGAAAUCGGCUCGGAGAGGAGGCAACGCUCUCCACAAACCCAGCCUCCACGCGAAGUCAGAAGGAAGAACCCACGCCACCAGGCGUGCGCCGGAUCUCAGAUUGAACGCUCGAGGCUCCGCACGUCGCCAAACGGGGCUGGGUGACCGGCAUCGAAAACAACAACAACGUCGUCGUCGUCGCCAACAUCAUCACCUAACAGUUGCAACAUCGUCAAGAGCAAGCGACGGACGCAAGGACGGAGAUAGAGGGGGGGGGGGAGCAGUAGAGGACGAGCAGGAGGAGAUACGGGUUCGCGUUCGCGCGCGCGCGUGCGUGCGCGUGUGUGUCUCACUGGAUGUGAAACUCUUGAAUCCUGGUUUGCACCCGAACAAGUGCGGCAGUGCCACGAAAGCGCGAACACAUUUGUUACACAUUGUUACACAUUGUUACACGCGCGACAAAUUUGGCAAGGGUGGGCUCUGGUGAGAGUCUAAAAUUAAAUACCCCCCGACAAAGUCCGAGACGAUUCUACUUCGCGUCUCAGCAGGCGACCGGCCGUCUUCUGCUUUUUUGGGCGCAAGCGACACUCGACCACCGCCCGUCACUCGCAAUAUUUGGUAUGACUUGCGAGACAGAGACCGAGGCAGCCGCCCUGCCGGCCGCCGAGGGCGAGGCCGCCGUCACCACCACGGAGCCCGGCGGAAAGCACGCGGAGCGCAUUCCCGUGGCCACCAUGAGGCACCUGCAGAUGUCAGGCUGGUACUGGGGCAGCCUGACGGCCACGCAGGCCCGGCAGCUGCUGAUGUCGGCGGCCGAGGGCACGUUCCUGGUGCGGGACAGCACGCACCCGGACUUCCUGCUCACGCUGUCGGUGCAGACGAGCCGCGGGCCCACGAACGUGCGCAUUGAGCACAGCGGCGGGGCCUUCAGCCUCGACUCGGUGCGCUUCGUCAAGCCCCACCUCGUGCACUUCGACGACGUCGUCAAGCUCGUUCAGUUUUACGUCGGGUGUAAGCAGCAGCAGCAGCAGCAGCGUCACCUGCAGCAGCAGCAGGAUUUGAGUGAAGAGAGGCAGCAGCAGCAGAAUCACCAUGAUCAUCAUCAGCAGCAUCAGCUCCAGCAGAAUCACCAUCAGCGCCAACAGAAGGAGGAAAAUGGCUGGCACCUGUCGAGGUGUCUCUGGGAGGAGGGAGCGGAGGUGGAGGAGCCACUGCCGCUACGGCUGUGCAAGCCGUGCUACGUGGCACCGCCGAGUCUUCAGCACCAGUGCAGGACAGCGAUGCACAGGGCCAGGCAGCGGCUGCCUGGCUCCAUCAGGCUGCCCAAACGCAUACGGAGCUACCUGGAGGAGUACCCCUUCCACUUGUGAUGGGCGUGAGCCAAGAAGGCUUGUGCCCAGCCAGAGCCGUCAAUAGGCUGAGCUCCAGAAAAUAUAUCGCGACAAAUUAAACCCUGGGCGCAGGAGUACACACACUCCUUCAUCUUCUGCGCGUGUGAUGGGUCGGGUAGUCCAUGGGCCAAGGUUUGAAGUCGGUAUACCGCCUAAUGUAGCACAACUUGAGUCGUAACAAUCGUUUAUGUACUUGAUAACUUCACGAAUUUCAAGUGGUUAUCGCGCAAUUCGCUCUCACUGGUCACGUAAGGCAAUUGGAACCGCUAAAGUUACGCCACCUCGGGUGGGUACCAACGAGUGAAACAUCUGGCCCCUUGGGCUCUUGGGUUGUGGAGCAGGACCGGUUUAAAACAGGGGCCUUAGGGCCUGCAGAGGCCAGUGGCCCUGAAUUAUGCGGGGACUUCCCCUCUGAAAUAUAUAAACCGCUUUAUACCAGCUUAAAUGCAAAAACAACACCAUGAAAACUCCUUCAGGUAACUUGGUCAUUAAAACCGUGGCGCCACUCGCAGCAUUACGACCGGUUGGUAAUAGGCCGUGAUUAAAAUAGCGUUGCUAUUUUACACACAAUUCGCGUAUCACGUUUCAGAACAGAAAUAACCAAGGUGGAUAACAAUUGAGUGUUUGACAUCAUAGGGCAAUGGUGGUGGUGAAACAGUCAAGGGUAGGAAACGAUACUAUUUAAACUAUAUUUUUAUUUUACCAGGUAAGGCUCACUGAGCUAUGUAGCUCUUGUUUCAUAAGCGACCUGGCUAUCACAAAUGAUAGCUCGACGGAGUGGUUUAUCACGUGGACAUUUAUAGCAGC